AUGUCGAAGGGAGCGCAAAAUAAAAAGCUUAAAAAUUCCGAAUUUCUGACUCAAUGUACCCUCCCGCAUCACACCUAUUCGUCCAUGUCUUUCAUAGAAGAGAUUGAAUUGAGUCCUGUUCGUGUACACUCGAGAAACCUAAACUCCACUAAAGCUGAUGAUAGUCCGGUGACGCCCCUUGGAGAACUACCAAGCAAUUUCGACACAUACCAGGAUCAAAGUGUUGAGUCCGUGGUUGAAUUCGAGCGAGUUUCCGACAGCAACACAUCUUCGUCCUUUUCACACUUGCCACAUCCUGACAGGGAUUCACUUUCCAAAUUCAAAAGCUUGCAACCCUAUGCAGUUCUAAUUGGAUCAUUCUUGGGACUUAUUGUGAAUCUCGGCUUGAUAAAUUCAAUUGGUGCGGUGCAAUCGUAUGUUUCGGUGCAUCAAUUUAGAGGAUACUCGGCAAGCACGGUGUCUUGGAUCUUUUCGAUUUAUCUAGCAUUGGCAUACGCAGGAGCUUUAGUUUCUGGUCCGUUGUUCGAUUCGAACGGAACGACGUGGCUAUUGAUAUAUCUGACGUUGUUUAUAUUUGCUGGUUUGAUGGGAGCGGCAAGCAGUGUUGAGAUUUGGCACUUUAUUUUGAGCUUCAUCAGUUUGGGAGUCGGGAACGGCUUCGGUAUGGCGCCAUUGGUGUCGGUUAUCGGCCACUGGUUUACUCCAAAAAUUAAGAAUCUGGAUACCCCCAAUAUCAUGGAUGAUGAUGACAAGUUGGAAAAGUUUGAAGGAAUGGAUAGCAAAUUAGGCGUGGGAUUCAGUACGGGACUUGCCACAGCUGGUGGAAGUAUCGGAGGCUUGGUAUUUCCAUUGAUGUUGAGAUCAUUGUACUCACUGGUGGGAUAUGUGUGGGCACUCAGAAUAUUGGCUUUCACUUGUUUGGGUUGUAUGGUUUGUUCAAUUGUUUUAGUCAAGGAGAGAUUCAGAAAGGAAAAGAGGUCGAGCAGUGCGGCCACCUCAUUUGAGUGGAAUGAAGUACCCAGUAAAUUUAUCGAGUUUUGCAAAGUGAGAGAUACAAAAUUCUUGUUCAUAAUCUGCGGUGGUUUCUUCACUGAGCUAAGUCUUGUUUUAUUGGUAACAUACUUUGCCAGUUACGCCAUAGCUCAUGGAAUGAGUGAAUCGGAUUCAUUGAUCUUGAUUACAAUUUGGAAUGGUGUGGGGACGUUGGGGAGAUUUUUACCUGGAUUAGCCAGUGAUUACUUUGGUAGGUUCAAUGUCAACGUAAUAAUGUUGGUGGGGUAUUGUUUGACAAUAUUAGUGUUGCUACUACCAUUUGGAAGCAAUCACAAGGUUCUUUAUGCUUUUAGUGUUUUGGGAGGGUUGUUUUCUGGAUCCAUACUUAGUCUCUUACCAGUUUGUCUAUCGCAAAUAUCGAAAGCCAACGAGUUGGGGAAAAAGUAUGGCAUUUUGAAUUUUUACCUUUCAUUGGCUAAUCUUUUUGGUAUCCCAAUAGCUGCAGCUAUAAUUAAGCAUGGUAAAGUUCAUGAUUAUGAUAAUUUCAUAAUAUUUGUUGGUUGUUUGUCAGUGGCAGGGUUAUUCUUUUGGCUACUUGCUCGCGCUCGCAUAGUGGGAUUGAAAUUGAAUGUGAAGGUGUAA